GCUCAGUCCCCUCCCACCUAGUCAGGCUGAGGGUUGGGCAUUGUGGGAUGAGAGCGGACUCUGGCUGAACAGCCAGCCCUGCCACAGCCAGGCAGAGAGCAGUGCACCCGAGCUGGAGGAGGAGGAGGAGAAGGAGUGGUGGGGGGAGAGAGGAAGCCAAGACCAAGGGGCAGUGCCCCCCACCCCACCCCACCCUAAGUGACACCAUGCCAGGUGCCACAGCCAAAGUGGCAGCCAGGUUGGCCCAGGGGGUCACGGCGAAAAGAGCAGCGGUGGCACUCCUGGUGGCGGCAUAUGGAGCCAAGAAGUUGUACCCAGUCCUGCGACGACAGUGGGCUUCCUCGGACCUCCAAGUGAAUGCCAACUCAGCAGGGCACCACAGUGCUGAAGAGCCAGCAUCCAAGUGGGGGGCAGCCGACGAGGUGACAGCAUCUCCACCUGGGGUCAACAGGGUGUUUUUCUUCCGCCUGCUGCGCCUCCUGAGGUUGCUGUUCCCUGGGCCACUGUGCCGUGAAACGGGGCUCCUGGCCUUGCACUCGGCCGCCCUAGCCAGCCGCACCUUCCUCUCGGUCUACGUGGCCCAGCUGGACGGGCGCUUGGCCCGCUGCAUCGUCCGCAAGAACCCGCAUGACUUUACGUGGCAGCUUCUUCAGUGGCUUCUCAUUGCCCUCCCGGCCACAUUUGUCAAUAGUGCCAUUCGAUACCUAGAAGGGCAGCUGAGCCUGGCCUUCCGUGGACGUUUAGUGGACCAUGCCUAUCGGCUCUACUUUGAGGGCCAGACCUACUACCGUGUCAGCAACAUGGACGGACGCCUGCGCAACCCGGACCAGUCUCUCACGGAAGAUCUGGUGGCCUUUGCCAACUCCGUGGCUCACCUCUACUCGAACCUGACCAAGCCGGUGCUUGAUGUGAUUGUCACUUCCUAUACCCUGCUCAGCUCGGCCAGAUCGAAAGGAGCCGACACAGCCUGGCCCUCGGUCAUUGCUGGCCUGGUGGUCUGCAUCACUGCUAAGGUGCUGCGUGCCUGUUCGCCAAAGUUUGGCCAGCUUGUGGCUGAGGAGGCACGUCGGAAAGGGGAGCUGCGCUACAUGCAUUCCCGGGUGGUCGCCAACUCGGAAGAGAUUGCUUUCUAUGGGGGCCAUAAGGUGGAGUUGUCCCUUCUUCGGCACUCGUAUCGUGAGCUGGCCUCCCAGAUCAAUGUGCUGCUCCUGGAAAGACUCUGGUAUGUCAUGCUGGAGCAGUUCCUCAUGAAGUACGUGUGGAGUGCCGCCGGGCUGGUCAUGGUAGCUGUGCCAAUCAUCACCGCCACUGGCUAUUCUGAGACAGACCCUGAGACAGUGAAGCAAGCUGCACUGGACAUGGAGGAGAAUGAGCUGGUGAGCAUGAGAACUGAAGCCUUCACCACAGCACGGAGUCUACUGAAUGCAGCAGCUGAUGCGACAGAGAGGGUCAUCUCUUCUUACAAAGAGGUGACUGAGCUGGCCGGGUACACUGCUCGCGUGCAUGAGAUGUUCCAAGUGUUUGAAGAGGUGAAAGCCUGCAACUUCCGGCGUCCUGGGGAACUUGAGGAGGGUCAGGCUCAUGCUGGGAGAGUGAUGAAGCAUGGCGUACGGGUAGAAGGGCCACUCAAGAUCCAAGGACGUGUGGUUGAUGUUGACAAUGGAAUUGUCUGUGAAAACAUCCCCAUCAUCACCCCCACUGGAGACGUGGUGGUCACCAGCCUCAAUAUUCGGGUGGACGAGGGCAUGCACCUGCUUAUCACUGGCCCCAAUGGCUGCGGGAAGAGCUCACUCUUCCGGAUCCUGGGGGGACUCUGGCCAACAUAUGAAGGCAUCCUCUACAAACCACCCCCACAUCGUAUGUUCUACAUUCCACAGAGGCCGUACAUGUCUGUGGGAACCCUGCGAGACCAGGUGAUCUACCCAGACACUGCAGAGGACAUGGCACGGAAAGGGCAGACGGACGCUAACUUGGAGCGGAUCCUGGGCAUUGUCAACUUGAACUACAUUGUGCAGCGUGAGGGAGGCUGGGAAGCUGUCAGCGACUGGAAGGAUGUGCUCUCUGGUGGCGAGAAGCAGCGCAUGGGGAUGGCCCGCAUGUUCUACCACAGGCCAAAGUACGCUCUCCUGGAUGAAUGCACCAGUGCCGUCAGCAUUGAUGUAGAAGGCAAGAUCUUUCAAGCUGCAAAGGAUGCUGGGAUAGCAUUGCUCUCGAUCACCCACCGACCUUCACUCUGGAAGUACCACACCCACCUCCUGCAGUUUGAUGGGGAGGGGGGCUGGCGUUUUGAGAAGCUGGACCCUGCAGCCCGUCUGUCCCUGCGGGAAGAGAAGCAGCGCCUGCAGCAGCAGCUGGCCGGAGUCCCCGAAAUGCAACAGCGACUCAGUGAACUUUGCCAAAUCUUGGGUGAAGAUACGGCCCCUGCGGUGGGACACAUCCAAGAGAGCCAGGCACCCUGAAGCGCCCCCUCACCAUUCCUGUCCCGGCCCACUCGGCUGAGUGCUCAAGAAGAGGGUCCCGGCUGCUUUCCUUUCCUCCUUGGAACGGCAGAAGAAGGCCAGUUGUUGCCCUGGCCGCUGAAGGAAGAGUCCCGUUUUCUCUGCUGGGGCAUCGCUUAUUUCUGGCACCUGUUUACUGUGCCCUUCGUCACCUUCUCUCACUUAGCCUGCCUUGUUCUAGGGCUGGAGGGAGGGAAUGGGUGACCCCGUCCUGACAUGUGACUGAAGUUUAUUCUUCCUCUCUCUCUCAUGCACACACACACCCCUCACACACACAGAGUGCCUGAAUAUCCCAAGAUAGCAACGCCAAAGCGUGGGUUUUGUUGCCCCACUGCCAUCCUCUGCCCUCUUCAUCUGUGGAAGUUUUGGAGUGAGAUUCCAGCAUCAGCCGCCACCUCAGAGGCCUGGGAGUUUCAGCGCGACUGGUCUCCGCCUUUCUCCACACAAAACAGCCGCACAACAUUUGAUAUGAAUCCAAGCCAUGAAUGUAGCUCUUGCACCUUUCUCCCUGGUGGCCUCCUUUUUGCCACAACUGGGCUGUAGAAGCUGGUUGCGUAGGGCAGCACCAAAACCCACUCCCCUCCAACCUUCACCCCCUGAGCUCCGCUUGAGGAAGGCCUGCCUCCUUACCUGGACACCACGUGGGUGACAUGGCAGCCAAGGGAGCAAGUUAGGAAAUCCACAUUGCUCUAGAUCAGUCAUUUUCAACAGUUUUCUCUGAAACCUUGCUGUUCCUCAGAACUUACAAAGAGCUCCCAAGUGAGAAGAUGGGUAAGUUAUGCAGGGCAAGCAGUCAAAAAACCUCACCACAACCUCUUUGACCGACCUUCCACAGCUGUUUCAGAAUGUGGGGUUGGUUCAUUCUUCUGGGGCAACAGUUUAGGUCUGCCUCAUGCCCUUACAAACUGAGAGUGUGGCCUAAGAUGCACUGCAGGGGGGUCCCAGACACAAAUUGGGUCCUCGGCAGAUGAGCCAAUAUGGAGUCCCCUGAGGUGGGAAGCCUUGAAAGCCUCUGUCCUCAGCUGUCUCGGGACCCCCUUGUGCAACUCUGUAGAACGUAAAGCCCACCCUGAGGCUUUGUCCGCGUGGCUUCUAAUACUUUCGUCCCUUAAUUUUGAGGGACUGGUCUUCCCCGUGAAGGCCAGCAGAAAGCCCCGUGGCAUUUGCUUAGGGCACUUUCUAUGGGAACUUGUUGAGACUUGAUUUCCAUACAGCUAUCCUUCAGGACUUGUUCUCCUUGAAAUAUCAGGAAUUCUCCUGGGGUCAUUUCCCCCCCGUUUUCUAAAGCAGGAGGGAGGUGGAUGUAGAGAAAGAGAUGUUUUUAUAUACAGACAACGAGGCCUCAGCCAAUGAAAGCUGCAUUACUUCAACUGCACAGCAUAUAUCCACAUUAGGAGGAGUGCUGCAAUUUGGGUCUUUCCUCUUGCCAUGUGCGUGAUGCGAUGGAGAGAGGGAGCGUGUGGCAAAGGAACUAGGAUUGGUGGUUGUCCCCUAUUUCACUUAUGCCAGUGUUAGUCUGCACAGAUGUGUCUACUCUUAAAAACUGAGCCCUCUUUUAAUUAGUCAUGAAGGUGAUUGCUCUUGUUGCUGUUGUUGUUGUUACUGUUGUUGUUAGAAGACUCACUGCCAGUUGUGUUUUCCACCUGAAAUAACAGACCAGCAAGCUAUUAAUGAUGUGUGCUCCCAUGUCCUUUAAAUGCACAUUUAGCUACAGCCA